CCGGUCCCCAUCCCUGGCACUCAGGCCUGGGUGGAUGCCGGUCCACUUCUGCUUUCCCUGGCUCUCAGAGGCCUAGGCCUGGGGUGCCACUGCGGUCGCCUGCUUGCACACGACCGGGCGCUGGACGCCUCUGACUUCUUGCACUGCACUCCGGGGAGGCUGGAGUUUAAUCACACAGUGUCCGGCUUCCUGUCCUCGUUCGCCCCCCUCCGGCCCGCUUCCCUGGCCCCUCCCUCUCCCCUGGCCCGAUCCGCCCACCAGCUCCCCCUCCCCAUCCCUUGGGUCCUGGGAUGGGGGGGCGGUGAGGCAGGCACAGCCCCCCGCCCCCAUGGCCGCCCGUCGGAGCCAGAGGCGGAGGGGGCGCCGGGGGGAGCCGGGCACCGCCCUGCUGGCCCCGCUGGUGCUGAGCCUGGGCCUGGCGCUGGCCUGCCUUGGCCUCCUGCUGGUCGUGGUCAGCCUGGGGAGCUGGGCAACGCUGUCUGCCCAGGAGCCUUCUCAGGAGGAGCUGACAGCAGAGGACCACCAGGAGCCCGCUGAACUGAAUCCCCAGACAGAGGGAAGCCAGGAUGUGGUACCUUUCUUGGAACGACUAGUCCGGCAUCGAAGAAGUGCUCCUAAAAGCCGGAAACCGCGGGCUCGGAAAGCUAUUGCCGCCCAUUAUGAAGUUCAUCCACGGCCAGGACAGGAUGGAGCGCAGGCAGGUGUGGAUGGGACAGUGAGUGGCUGGGAAGAGGCCAAAAUCAACAGCUCCAGCCCUCUGCGCUACGACCGCCAGAUCGGGGAAUUUACAGUCAUCAGAGCUGGGCUCUACUACCUAUACUGCCAGGUGCACUUUGAUGAGGGGAAGGCUGUCUAUCUGAAGCUGGACUUGCUGGUGAACGAUGUGCUGGCCUUGCGCUGCCUGGAGGAGUUCUCGGCCACAGCAGCAAGCUCCCCCGGGCCCCAGCUCCGUCUGUGCCAGGUGUCUGGGCUGCUGGCCCUGCAGCCAGGGUCUUCCCUUCGGAUCCGCACUCUCCCCUGGGCUCAUCUUAAGGCUGCCCCCUUCCUCACCUACUUUGGACUCUUUCAAGUUCACUGAGGGGUCCUGCUCUCCAAGACUCCCUUUACCCUACAGCUCCCAGAGCACCAUGCCCCCAAACCCUGAGCUGCUAGCUGCUCCUUGCUCC